ACUCAUCUUGGUCAUUCUAAUCUCAACAUCCCCACUUAUUUGCCUCCCAAGGAAAAAAAAGUCCCAAAAUUCUCCAAUCACCUUUUUUUCUAUAAUUUGCUACUCUUGUUUGAUGAAAAAAACAGUCCAAAAGAAGCUAAAAAGAUCUAAAACUAAAAGUUUCUUCAAUGCAAAGAUCAAAAAAUUCUUAAAGAACUAUUCUUUAUUGCUUGUUCUUGAAGAUUUGUAGUACCUCCAUACUGCUUAACAAACAAGCUGUUUAUAUACACAAAAAGAUUGUAACUUUUUUACAAGAAAAGUUUAUUGAAAGAAUGUAUGGAGAUCCCCAACUCUUAAUUUUCUUCUGAUUCUUGUUUUUAUACAACAAAAAGAAAAACCCCAAAUUAAAUAAAGGGGUCUUUUUUUUUUUUUGUUGGGUUUUAAUGGAUUCAUCAGAGUUUGAGAAAAACCAGAACAAUUCUGGGUUAUUAAGGUUUCGUUCAGCCCCAAGUUCAUUUCUUGAAAAUUUCAUUGAUGGAGUUGGGAAUAAUGGAAAUAUGGGUAGUGAGAAUAAAGGGUUGUCAUCAAAAUUCAAUCUUGAUGGUUUAAAUAACCAAUUGGUUUCUCAGAAUUCUCUUGAUAGUAAAGUUUUUGCAAAUUUGAGUAGUAAUUCACAGUUGCCACCUCAAUAUCCAAGGCAAAAUUCUACUGUUCAUAUGGUGGGGUCAAUGGAAGGGGGUGGUGGGUACAGGGUGAUGGGGUCAGUAUUGGGAAAUAGUAAUAAUCAUCAUCAGGGGCAAAACAAAUUGGCAUCAAAUCUUAUGAGGCAAAACAGUUCUCCAGCUGGUUUAUUCUCUCAACUCAAUUCUCUAAAUGGCUAUGCUACGUUGAAAGGCGGUGCUGGAGGUUAUAGAAUGGCAACUGGUGCCAAUGGAGAUUCAAAUCCAUCUUCAAGCAGGUUGAAAGAUCAUUUUGGCUUCUCAUCAGUGACACCUUCUUCAUUAGGAAUGUUGUCUCGAAUCUCAGAAGUCGAUGAUGAGAGCAGCAUAGCAACUGAUCUCGAUGAUGAUGAGAAGCAUGGAAAUGGCAACUCAGAACCUCAACUCUACAAUAUGGGAUUUCCUUUUAAUUCUUGGAGUGAUCAUUCACAGUUUCAGCAGACACUCACAGGCCACAAAAGGGAGUUGGAUAGUGAGGGGAAUAAGCUAUUUGCUAAUGCUCAGAUUGAAGAACUUGGAAACCGGCCCCCAAUUUUGUCACACCACCUAAGUUUACCAAAGACACCAGCUGAUAUAGCAGCUAUGGAGAAGUUAUUGCAUUUUCAAGACACUAUUCCCUGCAAGAUCCGCGCCAAACGUGGCUGUGCUACUCAUCCUAGGAGCAUUGCAGAAAGGGUGAGAAGAACACGUAUCAGUGAACGAAUGAGAAAGCUACAAGAGCUUGUACCCAACAUGGACAAGCAAACAAACACCGCGGACAUGCUAGACUUGGCUGUCGAGUACAUUAAAGGCCUCCAAAAACAAUACAAGGUACUCACUGAUUGUCGCGCUAACUGCAAAUGCUCAGCAAUGCAGAAACCAGAUUGAAACCAAAGAGUACAAUGGAGAAGAGUAUACUUGAAAGGAGUUCAUUUUCAAAAGUGUAGAGGCUAGAAACAUUAAGAAAAAGUUAUGAGGAAUAACUACAAAGAAGAAAAAAAAACAGAUCUUUGGCUGUUCUUUUGGUAGAUUCUUUAGACUUACAAUGAGUCAAAGUUCAAACAAAACAUAAUUAGUUGGAAAAGUGUACAUUAGUUGAAUAAGAUUAUGCAUUCACUUUUCUCUUUUAAGUUAUGAUAUAUACUCGCGUAAAGAAUUUUUACCCUAUCAAUGUAAUUUAGUUGAUUAUAUCAGGUAAUUUCAUAAGGAGUUCA